GAAGUAGAAACAUUGCCACAUCAUCAUCAUCAUCCAAACUUGUCACAAACAUUUGGCGCUAGCUUUUUUCUCUAGUACCAGUUACAGCCUCUUCUUCUCCUCCAACUAAUAAUAUCCUCUACCCAAAAUUGUAGCAGCCAUGGGAGCUGGAGGAACCCUCUUCUGUUCUCAGAGUUUGAGUUUUGUAGUUUGUAAUUACACUCAAAAAAUUCAUGCCCAAAAUAAUCGAGCUUUGGCAUUGAAAUCAGUACUUGUACACAAAUUGACCAAUUUUACUAAUCAAGAUUCAAUUUUGACAAAACCCCAAAAUCUUCCUGUUCUUCGACUUAAGGUUGUUACUAGAGCUGCUGAUUCCUCUCAGCCAUCUUCCUCUGCUAUUACUUCCUCCGACAAAUCUAUUGUCCCCGAUGAAGAGUUUUCACUUGCCAAGGUUUCUUUUGGUGUUAUUGGACUUGGCCUUGGUGUUUCACUUCUCUCGUAUGGAUUUGGAGCAUAUUUUAACAUCCGUCCUGGUUCUGAGUGGUCGGCAUUGAUGUUGGCAUAUGGUUUCCCACUUACUAUCAUCGGCAUGGCUCUUAAGUAUGCAGAGCUCAAACCUGUGCCAUGCAUAACGUACUCAGAUGCUCAACUACUACGGGAAAAAUGUGCUACUCCAAUCCUGAAGCAGGUAAUGUUCUUUUGUUGACUACCGGAAAUGCCCUUCUGCCACUUGAUGCUUUUCUUAAAGCAUGUUAAUCCAUG